UCCAGCGAGCUCGCCGACGAAUCUCGUAUCCAUCAUAUCGCCGUCGCCGGCCGCAUCCCGUCCCAGCCCACCUGCCCGCCGAUGGCCUUCUCCUCGUUCCCAUGGCUGUUCCGCCGCCGAGCCGGCGGCAGCGGCAGCGGCGGAACCGGCCCAAGCAAACCCUCCGCCGCGGAGGGGAAGGAGGAGGACGCGGAGGAGCUCAGCGUCACGCCACAGCUCCUUGACUUCAUCCGGACACUCUCCCCCGACGCCUUCAAGUCCUUCCCCUCCAGCUCCACCAAGGCACCCCCUCCUUCCUCCCUUCUCGGAGGAUCCGCGGAGUCGGCGGCCGAGCUCUUGGACUGGCAGCAGCGGCACGCCAUCCUCGUUCUCGCCAGAGCCAAGGAACUCGCUAAGGUCCGCUAUGAUCUGUGCCCACGCCACAUGAAGGACAAGCAGUUCUGGACAUACAUCUUGUCGUAAGCUCUUGCCUCGUUAGCUUUCGCCCAUGUGUAGGUUGGUGGGUGGGAUAUGCUAAUGACACCGAUGACUCAAUCCGGAGGAUUGUGCGGAUAAACCCUGGUGUCGG